UACAGCCAGGCGGAGCACACAUCCUUCAUAAUCGACCAGUCCAGAUUGAAGGAGGACAGAGAGUCAAGCCGUGAAAGCGAACAGAUGUGAACCGGACUACGAAAAGGGAACAAGCUGUAGAAAAGACGGAGAACCUCUGAUUCUGCGAAUAUGUGGCAACCCGCGUCGGAGCGAUUGCAGCACUUUCAGACCAUGCUGAAGACCAAGCUAAAUGUGCUGACGCUGAGGAAGGAACCGUUGCCCACGGUGAUCUUUCACGAACCCGAGGCCAUUGAGCUGUGCUCCACCACGCCGCUCACAAAGAGCAGGACCCAUGCUGGAUACAAGGUGACCUACCUGGGUAAAGUGACUAUCUCUGGGACCCAGUUCCUGUCUGGCUGUACAGAGUCAGCAGUUGUUGGUCUGGUGGAACGUCGUGCCCUGGCCCAGCAGCAGGGCACCUGCCCUGCGGGCAACUCUCUGCUGGAGAUUCGUCCCUUCCAGGUGCGCCUUCACCACCUGGAUGAGCACGGCGAGGCCUCAGUAACCAUGGACACCUACCAGGUGGCGCGGAUCGCCUACUGCACAGCUGACCAUAGCAUCAGACCCAACGUAUUUGCCUGGAUCUACAGGGAGAUCAACGACGACCUGUCCUUCCAGAUGGACUGCCACGCUGUGGAGUGUGAGAGCAAGCUGGAGGCCAAGAAGCUGGCGCACUCGAUGAUGGAGGCUUUCCGCAAGACUUUCCACAGCAUGCGCAGCGACGGGCGCAUCCACAAGAGUGGCUCAUCGGAUGACUUUGCUGAGGACUCAUCCACCCCUGAAGACUCAACCCCAGACGACGGUUGAACUGAAAACUCACCCAAGCUCCUGAUCCCCAUCCUAACAAAGUGAGGGGUGACUGGAAGGAUGGACAGAUUACCUGCUUUCUCUCAUUCUCCCCUACUAUCCCUCUUUCUGUUAUCAAUUUGGAACAAAAUCAACCGACCCUGUGAACCAACACACCCAGGAUAAUGAAGUAGCUUUUAAAUACUGUAAAGGCAAGGUAGAUGGAAAAAGGAGUUUUAAGAGACCUACAUUUACAUACAGGGAUAGCAAAGUUCUGCCACUUUGAAUAAAUGGCCCUUAAAGACCUACAGGGGCCUUUUAAGCACCUCUGUAAACGCCCUCAAGAGAUUGACUCAACAUUUUCAUUUUCAACCACUGUCACUCCUUCACCCAGCAGAAACACUGUUUGUGGUUCUUAAGCUUUUUCAUCUAGGAAAUAACAAAGUUAAGUCCCUGUGCCCCCCCCAGUUCAUCAAAAACCUAUUGCUACUCUUGCCAUGUAGGGACCCAGCAGAAAUAGGCCUGUGACCUAUUUUGGGUCCCAAACCAGAGUUUAUGAGACUGUUGGAGCACAUAAAUUCUUUAAUUGUUUAAUUAUGUGGAUCUCUGUUACAAUGCCUUCGACCUUGGUAAUAGCAAAUGAGGAUGUGAAGGGAAAGCUCAGCCUUUACACACUACUCACAUUGUCACUGUAGUACCUUACUCCAACCCCAAAAUUAUUCGCCGGCACGGCUGUUACUCAUGUGGACGAUGGAGCCAGAGCUUCUACCUCUGUCUCCAUUUCAUAGGUACUUAAAAGACCCUGAGUAUGUUAAAGGCACCUGGGAGAAUAAAGGUGCUAAAUGAUGCUACAUUUUAGAUGUUCUCUCUGGGCUGAAAGUCUGGGCCUGUCUCAGACACCUUAAUCAUUCACAUCUGACUUUUGUUUUGAGUAUACCAAAAUUCAGGCUGGAUUUUGCCUGUCAGAUUAUGUGCCUCACUUUCCUCUCACAUUAGUUUGGUCUCUUACCCAGGUCCCAGUGUGCAUGUGUGGCCGUGUGUGUGUGUGUGUUUCUGUGUGUGUAGGUGUAAUUGCUUACUUCUGUACUUUGUGUAUAUGAAUGUACACGUGAGUGCUUGCAUCUGUGUGUGUGAAAGAGAAAAGGUAAGGGAGGAAGAUUAGAGGGGGGGUUAUUAUAUGAUUAGCUGGAAGUAUAGACUUCUCAUUGCCCCAAAAGCAUCCAUUUUUGAUGCUUAAGGAGGCGUUUUAAAAUCAGACAUGGUACUGUGACCAUUUGCCACGUUUUUUUUUUUUACUUUAAUCUGGUAUGAAAUGAAAACAUGAGUAUGAGAGUCUGAGUGUGCCAGUCACUGAGGUUUGAAGACCUUAAAAUCACAGCUGUCCACGAAAACGACUGGCACCUCCUGGCCUCUGCUGAAUGUAUGAUGAGUCCGACGUGCUGUGAGCACCUCACACCGUCUCCAGUCACUUCAGUCUCCCAUAAUCUCCUCAUGCUCUCACAGAAAGCUGUACGGGAGUGAGCUGGUGACCAGUUUGCUCCGUCUCUGAGCGACCGAGGUGUCACUGUGGGGCAUAAACCUACAAGAGCUCCACGCUACUUUCCUCUUUUCUAACCGGAUGGACUGAACAGACUAGAACUGUCAGUGGAAAUGGUCUUCGGUCAGUGACUCGAACAGAAUGAUCAGAUGGCUCUGAUCAGCACACACUCUCACAUAUACGCACCAACAUACAACUAUACAUAUGUACACACACAUUGUAUUUGAAUCUCGCUCAAUAAGCUUAUGUAAAUACAAAUGUAUCACUUUCCAAAUAUUACAGCAUAAAUGUUGAUAGCUAUUUUAAAUAAUAAAAAAAAAUGUUGAGAACAUCAUACGAUACAGAAACAGUGUUAUAAAGCCUACUGUGAAUAAUAAGUGGAGAGCCUGAUAGCCUGAUGUGUGUGCAAGUGUGUGUCUGUGUGUUUGGAUGGGAUUGUAUGUGGUGAGAAGUGUCGUGAGGGGUGUGUAUGGACAGGACAGGGGGUGGGAGGGUGGGGAGAAUGUUUAUAAAGCUGUAGAUUACUGUGUCAUGUCUGUCUGAAAGCUCAGACGCGCUUUAAAUGUUCGAAAAAUGUUACUUAAGUGUUUUCUAUACAGUGUUUGCAAAGAUCAAGAAACAAUUGCAUAUAAAGUAUUUACCAAGA